AUGGUCAGGACCAGGUCGAGGGCUACUAGCCCUGGCCGUCAGGGAAGCAGAGGCGCUUCAAGUGAUCCCCAGCGUGAUCGCCAAUCUGCACCAGUCAUGCAGACGUCAUCCGUUCAGAAUAUGCAAUCCAUGGCGGCUGCAAUGGCGGAAUUGACUCGCCAAAACCAGGAGUUAAGGAUGGAGAUCACUCAGAGGAGACAGACACGUGAGGAACACGCAGGGCAGACACAAGGCCAUGGUGACACACAGAAUACUGAGAUUGGAAGUCAGUUUAGAGGCACCACUUCACGGACAGUGCCACACUUAAAAGAGGAGAUGGACCAAAUGAAGAAAGUCAUGGAGGAGAUGAAGGAGAACAUGAGGAGAACGAAUCCUAUAGAGGAUUUGGUCCACAGGACUGACUCUCCUUUUACGGCUUCCAUCAAUGGCCACCCUUUACCAUCAAAGUUCAAACUACCUUCCCUGGACUCGUAUGAUGGGACACAUGACCCCUUUGAUCACAUUGCAACAUUCAAGACAACAAUGCACCUUCAAGGGGUCCCUGAUGAAAUCAUGUGUCGAGCCUUCCCUACUACCCUUAAAGGCCCGGCACGAGUUUGGUUCAGUAAAAUCCCCCCAAGUUCCAUAAGUUCUUUCGAAGAGUUGAGCAAAUUGUUUGUUAACAAUUUCAUCGGGGGACAGAGGCACAAGCGCUCUUCGUCCAGCUUACUGACCAUAGAACAAGGGGAGAACGAAAGCCUGCGGUCAUUCAUCACUCGUUUCAACAGAGAAGCCCUUAGUGUGGACGAGGUGGACGACAAGCUUCUACUAGCAGCCUUCCACAACGGGAUUAAUUCGGAUUUAUUUAUCCACAAGCUAUACGAGAAGGAGCCUCAAACCAUGGCCGAGCUCAAGAGGAAAAGAGCUGAGAGGAUGGAAGCGCACCCAGCUCGACACUCAGAACAAGCCCCUCGUCCAAAGAAGGGAUGGACGGAAGAUAGGAAGGAACGAGAUGGCAGGAAGACAGGUCCCUUGGGAAGAAGCCAGAACUAUACGCCCCUGAACGCUCCACUUAAUCAGGUGCUCAUGCAAAUCAAAGAUGAUCCUUCUUUAAAAUGGCCAGAGAAGAUGAAAGGGGAUCCCAACAAGCGCAAUAAGAACAAAUAUUGUCGCUUUCACAGGGACCAUGGGCAUGACACGGAUGAGUGUUAUGACCUAAAACAACAAAUUGAGAACCUUAUCAGGUAA